AUGACACCGACCAACAUUGAUCCGUCUUAUCGCGAGUUUGUGGGAGCCCAAGUGUGCCGGAACCCAUGUUUGAAUGGACUCGCGAGUUUUCUCUCUGGUCCUCACAAGCCAUUUGGCGAUAUAUCUCUUGCUCUUUAUGCCCCAUCAGAGAUUUAUAUGAGACGAAUACUAUGCAUGGAAGACAUCGACUCUUACUCAAUUGAGAAGCUAGGAACAUUACUGGACAUCAAUCCAUUGUUCUUCGCUACUUACAUAAGUACCUCUUUCGUGGGAAUCGAUAAAUCACCGUCUCCUCCUCUUAUAGCGCUGUUCCCCUCCGCCCUCGCCUCAGAUGAUUCGCUGCAUUUGCAUUACCAAAGAGUUAUCAAUCUCCCUUCAUUCCCAGGAUCUUCUCGCAAUCCAUACGAAUUCAAAAGUUCAGGCAAUAUACUUCGUUCUGUGAGGCGGCUUGCGUCACUCUUUGGCACGCAUCCCGGCUUGGUACGAAGUUGUUGCUCUAUUCUAUUAAAAAUAAUAGGUUUAAUCCUUGUGGAUUCUACAGAUGCAGAUCUGAUCAUACCUAGUGCUCCUGGGACGCAACAUGAACGACAUUAUGAACGGACCCCCCAAGUGCCUAUACAAGGUGGAUUCGAAGACUUCGCGGAAAUGCCGAAAUACUCGCAGUUUCGCCUUUCGGCCAAGAGCGACAGUAUACCACAGAAAAGUUCCAUUCUCCAGACCAUUCUCCACUAUUACCGUAACCCACCUCCAAACUUCGACUCAGCCAAUCCAUCCAUAAUGGCACUCAGCUAUUACCCCUUAAAGAUAGUCGGUGCUGAAUGGAUGACGUAUAUCCAACUCAUGAGCUGCUAUGUCAAGUUCUACGAGUAUUCCUUUCGAGGUCACGAACACCGCUCCGCGGAAGCCGACAUCAUUGACUUACAGCGGUGGCGGCGUCGCGGUAAGCAAAGCCUUCAUAAACUCUAUCUCGUGGAGCUAUUUAUGGAUAAGCACCUUUGCCCUCAACCUACCAAGCCGCAGCUCAAUGGCGAUAUGAAAACUAUUCCAUAUACAACUUUACGAGAGGACUUCCGUUACCUGUCAACGCAGAUUGAACAUUACAGCCGGGCGUUAGAGUUUAUCCUCCCAGUUGCAACUACGACCAUGCAAUUGGCAGAAGCCCGGCGCUCUAUUAUUGAGGCUGCCAACGUGCGGUAUCUAACCUAUAUCGCCUUGGUCUUCGUACCGCUCACGUUUGCCUCAAGCCUUUUUAGCAUGCAAGAGGGCUUCAUACCCGGGCAAGGAAACUUCUGGAUUUAUGCGACUGUGGCAGUGCCGCUGAUGAUUGUGGUACUAGCUCUUUCUUUAGUAACUUCGGUUGUUCGUGGACGUUGGAAACAGGUUCUCGAAUAAGGAGUGCUUGAUAUUAGUUUUUCCUCUUAGUUUCCUAUCACCCGGCGGAAUUGCUCUUCUCGGUGGCAGGCAAUUUUAUAUCUAUUCCACGGAGUAUAAUGAUUCUCGUCCUCUACUCUGUUAUCCAGUUGCAUCUAAUGGACCCAACGAAAAUAGAUAUUUGCUCUGACC